UCGUCGGAGUGACGUCACAUUAUUGGGGGAGCUACAGUGUCACCAGCCAUCUUGGUCCAAGCCCUGGAUAUAUUACAACCAAGUGAUUGUGCAGCAACUGGAACUGGGUAGUUGAUCUGUGAAUUUAGAUGCGACACUGUGCAAUCGACUGUGUGACACGACGAGAAUGGCAAUCGGAAACAACAGUGACAAGCUUGAUGAUGAAGGCUUCACUGAUAUAAGAACGGCAGAAAAAGUUUUCAACAAUGUGUAUUCUAUCCUGUGCCUACUGCAGUGUUUGACCAUGCUUAUCAUAGCUGCUGUCUUCUUUCACAACUGCCCUGGCAGUAUCAUCCUGGGCAUUUAUCUGAUCUUUCAAGGACUGCUCGCCACCAUCAUCCCCAUUCUGAUGUGCUAUGUGUUCCGCUGUGGCCGUCGCAUGAAGAGGGUAACCUACUACACUGCAUGUGUCACAGUAGGACUUAUCUGCACUGGCUGGGGAAUCGCAGGUACUUACUGGGUCGACGUAGCUGAGUGCAAGUCUUCCAACUUAUACAAGGCUGCCCUUGGCCUAGCUAUAGCCACCUGGUUGUUGAAUGGUCUCUUCUUGCUGUUUUCAGUGAUAUACCGUAAAUGUUACAGGACGGAAUGGAAUGUCUACUAAGGCGCACGAAACAAUCGUACACUAAGUGUAAUAUUCUGAUUUCAAGGAUAAAAAACACGAUAUCCAUAAUGGCAAAUUGAUCCGUAUACUCAAAAAGUGACAAUAACUCCGCCGAUUAAUAUUCCGUCGAUUUUUGUACCAGAGCUAGCAAAGUAACCAGUGGCUGGAUUUAGUUGAAAUUUUGUAUGUGUAUGAAGACAGUUAAGUUCUAGAUACGUAAACAUUCCCAAGGCUGUAGGCUCAAAGACCAAGGGCAUAUAACUGAAAAACAAGUCAAUUUUUAAGCUAUAUUUUGCCCUAUUGCUCCAAAACCGCUUCUCCGAUUACUUUGAAACCUUGCAUGUGUCUGCUGCUUUAGGUGCUUGACAUUAUUUGUUCUUUAACUUUGGUCAUUA